UAGCGGUGCUCUCUAUUCUACGAGUAUAAAAGAUAAACCGCUCCGGUCGAACGGCAUCAGUUUCUGUUUCCCUUUGGAUCGAAAACAACGUCAAACCUAUAGCGAUGGCACCGAAAACCAGUGGAAAGGCCGCGAAGAAAUCCGGCAAGGCCCAGAAGAACAUUGUCAAGGGCGACAAGAAGAAGAAGAAGCAGCGCAGGAAGGAGAGCUAUGCCAUCUACAUCUACAAGGUGUUGAAGCAAGUCCAUCCCGACACUGGCGUUUCUUCAAAGGCUAUGAGCAUCAUGAACAGCUUCGUCAACGACAUCUUUGAACGUAUUGCCGCCGAAGCCUCCCGUCUUGCUCACUACAACAAGCGCUCGACAAUCACUUCCCGCGAAAUUCAAACCGCCGUCCGUCUUCUGCUUCCAGGAGAAUUGGCUAAGCAUGCUGUUUCCGAAGGCACCAAGGCCGUCACCAAGUACACCAGCUCCAAGUAAAUGACGACCGACAUCGAAUAAUCGCAGCAAACCAAAAGGCCCUUUUCAGGGCCACUA